GCAAAGAUGGCGGAGUUUCGCUAGGACUCAAUGGCCGAUGACCAACGUCAACAGUCAGAAAUUGUUGAGAACUGGACAGUUAAGCUUUAGAUAAUACCAUUUCAUAUUUUGUUAAUGGGAUUAUAGCAUGCUGUAGUUGGCAACGCGGUAGCCUGCGUUUCAGUAGUUGACGUAAAGUCCAGUGUUACAGCGAUAUGACCGCGCAUUAACAUCGGUAACAUAUUCGCCCAGGCGUGCUAGUCGAAGGGUUUGAAUGUUGCCCUUUGGAGACAUGUGUUUAAGGUAAUUGUGACUUCCUGAGCUCCUCAGGUAUCAGUCUUUGGCCCUCUCUGCUUCUCUGCUGCCAUGUCGUGGUCCCCAGCAGUCAGAAAGGCCAGCCCUAGCCUACCUCCUUUGGACAACCUCUCUGUGUCCUCGCUGCUGUCUGAGGACCUGGAGGGAGGGGCAGAGGGAGGAGAGGGUGAGCUGGCCGACCUGGAAGUGAACCCGUAUGACGGGCUGCCCUUCUCCUCGCGUUACUACUCGCUGCUGGAGGAGCGGCGGAGUCUGCUUGUGUGCAGCCUGAAGUACAGCCUGCUAGAGCACCUAGAGACCCACAGCAUGGUGGUGCUGAGUGGAGAGGGUGGCACUGGCAAGAGCACCCAAGUGCCUCAGUGGUGUGUGGAGUAUGCACUAUCCCUGCAGUUUUCUCAGGGCCUUGUUUGCUGCUCCCAGCCAUACAUGGCAGCCGCCUGUAGCUUGGCCAUCCGUGUGGCAGAUGAGAUGGACCUGAGUCUGGGCCUUGAGGUGGGCUACAGAGUCCCCCACGAUGAUGGCUGCACCCCAGACACUCUACUGCGUUUCAUGACUGACUCGCUGCUUCUGGAGGAGAUGAUGUCAGACCCGAUGCUGCGUCAGUACGGCAUUCUGGUGGUGGAUGAAGCCCAGGAGCGCACGGUGGCCACAGACGUGCUCCUGGGCCUUCUGCGGGAUGUGUGCCGGCAACGCGGUGACCUUCGCGUGGUGGUGCUCGCAGCCCCCCAGGCGGCCCCCACCAUCGCCACCUUCCUGGGCGAGGGAGUGCCGCACCUAGCUGUCCCCCCACCGCCGCAAAAGCCUGCAGUCGAGACGGUGUACCGGGAUCCGCCCGCCAGCCGAGACCUGGCCACAGUCUCGUGCCAGAUGGUGCUAGACCUCCACCGGCGGGGAGAGGAGGGAGACAUGUUGGUCUUCCUCCCCAGUGUCCACGACAUCGGCGAGUGUGCGUCCCUGCUGGAGAAGGAGGCUGUGGCCCUGAGUCCCCAGCUGGGGGUGCUGCAGGUGCUGCCACUCCAUGCCGGCCUCGGCGGGGACGCGCAGCAUGUGUACGACAUGGAGACGGCAGAGGGCCAGGCCAAGCCGGGAGAAGAGGAGCAGGGCAGCCUGGACGGCGAACAGGGACCCGGUUUGAGACGGAGGGUCAUCCUUUCGGACGCUCUUGGAGAGGCCUCCUUCUCUCUGCCCGGCAUCCGCUACGUCAUCGACACAGGCCUCCAGCUCAAAACUGUGUACAACCCGCAAAUCCGAGCAGACUCUCAGCUUCAGCGACCAAUCAGCAAGCACCAGGCAGACACACGAUCUCGGAGAGUAAACAGCAGUUUGCCAGGAGUGUGUUUUCGUCUGUACCCUCAGUCCCUGUAUGAGGAGGGGAUGCCUGAAGCUCGCUGUCCCGGAGUUGCUGAGGCCAACCUCAGCCACCUGGUCCUCCUCCUCAAGAGGCUGGACAUAGCCGACAUGGGCCAGUGCAAGUUCCUGGACCGGCCAGCUCCAGAGGCUCUGAUGCAGGCUCUGGAGGACCUGGACUAUCUGGCUGCUCUGGAUGACGAUGGCAAUCUGUCUGAAGUGGGCAUCAUCAUGUCUGAGCUCCCCCUGGAGCCACCGCUGGCCAAAGCCCUUAUUGCCGCCUGCGAGUUUGACUGCGUCAGUGAGCUGCUCACCAUAGCUGCAAUGCUCACUGCUUCGCCGUGCUUUGCAACGCCUCCACCAAACAAAGAGGAGACAGCCGCAACUCACAGACGGCUGUUUAUGCACCCGGAGGGAGACCACCUCACCCUCAUCAACGUCUACAAUGCCUACCUACAGAACAACGAGGACGAAGCGUGGUGCAUCACCAAUUUCCUCAAUGCCUCUGCGCUUCAGUUGGCCGUGGUGAUUAGGGCAGAGCUACUGGAAGUAAUGCAGCGAAUUGAGUUGCCGGUUUCACCUCCUGCCUUUGGUUGCCAGGACAACAUCUUGAAUAUAAAGCGGGCUCUCAUCUCAGGGUUCUUCCUAAAGGUCGCCCAUGAUGUAGAUGGCUUAGGGAACUACUUACUGUUGACGCACCGCCAUGUGGCACACAUGCAUCCCUUCUCCACAUACAUGUGCCGCCAGCCUCGGCCCAGCCCUCCCGCCUGGGUCCUCUAUCACGACUUCACCAUCUCCCAUGACAACUGCAUCUGCACCGCCUCGGAGGUCCACCCGCACAUGCUGGUUGAAUUUGCCCCUCAGUACUACUUGGGCAACCUUCCACCCAGCGAAGGGAAAGACUUGUUGAUGGAGAUCAGAGAGAGUCUUGCCUCGCCACAUGAACAGGAGAACGGAGAGACGGCAGACAAGAGGCAUGCAGAGCGGCCAGGGGAGCACCGUGACCAGUUCACUACUGAGAUGUGUUUGCUGCAGUGACACACUCCAGCCUGCUGCAUCCUUCGUUCACAUUGCACAAGCAAAACAGGUUCUAGAUUUCCGCCCUCUGCUGCACAGACCCAGCUGUCAAGUAGAAUCAGAGUUUGAGGGCCACAGUGCUCUUACUGUAUCUAAGAACUUUACAAAGUUCUGAAGUAUGAGAUGUAAGGUAGUAUGGAAGUAUGAGAUGUAAGGUAGCUGUUUAGCAGCCUAAAUUGGUUUGGCCUGGAUUCACUUUUGCUGUGAAAGUGCUAAAAUCCACUUUUUAAAAAUGAAAAAUUAGUUGACGAUGAACUUUUAUACAGGAAUAACAAUGCGAUCUGUACAUAAGUGUACAUGCAUCAAGCAAUAAUAUACAGAAGAAGUCACUGUAGUCCCCGG